CCUGCCCACCCACGUCCACAUCAGGAUCUGUGGAUUCUGUCUGAGUCAGGAGCGACACCAGUCUGCUCGCUCCGCAUGUUGACUCAGUUUUUUUCCCCUUGAUCUUUUUCAUUUUCACGACUUCCUCCAGCUAUUUUCUUUUUAUAUCUCAUAUAUGUGCCGGUGACUAUUUGCUACUGAUCUGAUGGCUCUCACAUCCCUGGUGCUGUUCCUGAYGCUGCUCUUCAUGACCUGCAGUGGGCUUACAGUGGACCCUCCCGAGGAUCUCUCAGUUUUUGAUUCCGGCCGUCUUGGAUACCUGGAUAUCACCUGGAGCCCACCGAGCAGCCUGGUGAACCUAACAAAGUGCCAAAUCCAGUACCAGCUGGAGUACUUCAACUCAUUCAGAAACCAAUGGGCUGUCCUCAGGACAACAAAGAAAUCCUACAGAGCUCAGUUUGAUCUGUCGAAAGAUGUCUCAGUGAGAGUGUACACCCUGAUGGAUGGUCCCUGCGCCGACAACAAAAUGCAGAUGAGCGAGAACUACACCCAACUGGUUCAGAAACCUCCCAGCACUGGAAUUGCGGACACAGAAGCCAAAGAUUUUACAUGUGUAUUCUAUAACAUGGAGAGGGUGGAGUGCACGUGGACACGAAGCCUGAGAACACCGGCCGACUCGCAGCUAAGUCUGUAUUACUG